GGUGUUCAGGUCAAAAACAGUUGGCUACCCUGUUCUGACAACAAUAUUGCGGCUUUUGUGAAAAUUGCAAUUUUUAUAUUCAAUAAAAAUAAACUACUGAAAUGGAGCAUAUGGACAUUGAUUCCGACGCCAACUUAAAUUUUGGACCGUCAUGCAGCCACCAUCCAACAUGCAGAGCGGCUACGUCCAACGCCAGCAUUAUGGCCGGACCAGGCACGGUACCAUCAGUUACUGCCUCUCUUCAUCCUUUGGUAAUAUUAAAUAUUUCCGAACAUUGGACUCGCAUAAGAGCACAAGCUGGUGAAACUUGUCAAGUGUUUGGGGCUUUAAUAGGCAAACAAAAAGGACGUAACAUCGAAGUGAUGAAUUCGUUUGAACUACGGGUGGACAGGGUGGGAGAAGAUGUCAUCAUCAAUCGAGAAUACUAUCAAACAAAGGAGCAGCAGUUCAAGCAAGUAUUUAGCGAUUUAGAUUUUAUUGGCUGGUACACCACUGACGAGGCUCCCACUCUUCUUGAUAUUCAAAUCCAAAAACAAAUGGCUGAAAUUAAUGAAUGCCCUAUUCUAUUGCAAUUAAAUCCAUUGUCCCGAAGCGUUGACCAACUUCCACUGAAGCUGUAUGAAUCUACAAUUGAAGUAGUAGACGGAGAAGCUACAAUGUUGUUUGUUCCACUCACAUACACAUUGGCCACCGAAGAAGCAGAAAGAAUAGGCGUUGAUCAUGUAGCGCGUAUGUCUACUAACGAAACUGGAGAGAAGUCUGUUGUUGCUGAACAUUUAGUGGCACAAGAUAGCGCUAUAAAAAUGUUAAAUAAACGUAUUCAAAUAGUUUUAAAGUAUAUUAAAGAUGUCGAAGAUGGAAAAUUGCCGGCUAACCAAGAAAUAUUGCGCGAUGCGUACGCACUAAGUCAUCGGCUGCCUGUAAUGAAGGGUCCUGUUUUUCAGGAAGAGCUGUAUACUCAAUGCAACGACGUUACCCUUAUCAGUUACUUAGGCGCGAUGACCAAAGGUUGUAAUGAUAUGAACCACUUUGUUAAUAAAUUUAAUGUACUCUACGACCGUCAAGGUUCUGGCCGCCGUGCUCGUGGUUUAUAUUUUUAAAUAGAAAUAAUAAAUGACAGUCAUAAUACAACA